CCCAAACUAUGCAGGAAAAAUGCGUGUAAACAGCAGCAGCAAAUCAUUCCACGCAUCCGGAUCCGCGUUCGGAUUUUGACUUUGGGGCUGAGGCCCCAGUAAAGUGGAGGCAAGCUGGCUCGUCAUCGUCAUGGGGUCACCCUGUCAUCAUCAUAAUAGCCACUCCACGUGACACUCCAUUUCAAUCGCCGUGGGUGUUGAUUACAGCCCCAUUGUUGUUGCUGUUGAUUACGCGACGUUUACGUGAUUAAAGGUGAAAACAUUUGCCGCCCAGUGAAUCCUGGAACAUUUGGCAACUUGUCGCCGUAGUGUUGAACUUUUUCCGUCACAUUAACCGUUGCAGGAGAAAAUUAAGCUAAAGGAUUUCCAUGGCCAUGGCAGGACCCCACCGCCUGCCACGCCCACAUACACGCCGCCGCUUCCGCCCACAGGCGAAGUUUAACGUCCGGCAGUUGGCCAUCAAGAUAAUAGCCACUGCCGCGGUUGCCAUGCUGAUGACAGCCACGCCCACACUCGCCGAAAUCCCCUCAAAGGGAAAACACACGCGACUGGACACCCAGCAGACGGCACAGGAAGAUUCCGACUUCCCGCGAUUCGCGGAACCCAUUGCCAAUGUCACCGUCUCCGUGGGACGCGAUGCCUUGAUGGCAUGUGUGGUGGAGAACCUCAAGGGCUACAAGGUGGCCUGGGUGCGGGUGGACACGCAGACGAUCCUGUCCAUUCACCACAACGUCAUCUCGCAGAACAGCCGCAUCAGCCUGACCUACAACGACCAUCGCUCGUGGUACUUGCACAUCAAGGAGGUGGAGGAGACGGAUCGCGGCUGGUACAUGUGCCAAGUGAAUACGGAUCCCAUGCGCUCCAGGAAGGGCUACUUGCAGGUGGUGGUUCCACCCAUGAUUGUCGAGGGCCUGACCAGCAACGAUAUGGUGGUGCGCGAGGGUCAGAACAUCUCGCUGGUCUGCAAGGCACGUGGCUAUCCGGAGCCCUACGUCAUGUGGCGACGCGAGGACGGCGAGGAGAUGCUAAUUGGCGGGGAGCACGUCAACGUAGUGGACGGUGAACUGCUGCACAUCACCAAAGUGAGUCGCCUGCACAUGGCCGCGUAUCUGUGCGUCGCCUCCAACGGAGUCCCACCUUCGAUUAGCAAGCGGGUCCACCUGCGUGUGCAAUUUCCGCCGAUGCUUUCCAUACCCAACCAGUUGGAGGGAGCCUAUCUGGGGCAAGAUGUCAUACUCGAGUGCCACACCGAGGCCUAUCCAGCAUCGAUCAACUACUGGACCACGGAGCGCGGGGACAUGAUCAUAUCGGACACCUCACGAGCCGGCGAUAAAUACGAGACCACAUCAACCGUCAGCGGUUACACAAAGUACAUGAAGUUAAAAAUCCGCGCAGUUGGACCCAACGAUUUCGGCACAUAUCGCUGCGUGGCCAAGAAUUCGCUGGGCGAAACGGAUGGAAACAUAAAACUGGACGAAAUGCCCACACCAACCACGGCCAUUAUUUCAGAAAUGUCCUUGCUGAACCGCAGCUAUGAUGGCAAGAGACGUCAUAGAAAUAAAUUUGACUCGGCCAACGCUCUGCCUGAUUAUGGGGUUGAGGAGUGGCGUGACGGAGCCCAAGGCAACCAUGCUGGAAACAAUGGCGAUAACAAUCAAACGCCCGUGCGUAAUCCGCCCGGAGCAUUCCACAAUUCUGCAGGCUCACUGGCGCAGCAUAAUCUACUUGCUAAAAUAAUGCUCGGCAUUAAAACGCAAUCAUUUGGGAUUUUCAAACGUUUAUCGAGCUCUUUGCCGCUGGCGGCGGGACAGAGCUUUCUCUGGCUGUCGACGUUAUCGCUGCUCUCAGCCCCAAGUCGGUGGCGUAUGAGUAAUGUGGAAAAUCGGCCGAGCUCACCGGAGACCAUUGUCAACAGCGAUACCGCCGAUGCCGCCGAGUGCUGGGGAAGCAGAAGCCAUUGCGUGAGGGACAGAAACAACAACAACAGCAGCCACAGUCGCAUUACCGAACGCCCACCAAUGUGGGCGCGGCAUUCGCGCAUAUUUCACAUUGCUCAUACGCCGUGUGGCGCGUCAACGCAGUACCAACGCCUAUGCGAACGCCAAUGGCAAUGGCAAAGGCUGUGGCAGUGGCAGUGGAAGUGGCAACAUCAAUGGCAGCGGCAGUGGCAGUGGCCAAUGCUCAUUUGCAUAGUAAUAUUGGCUGGCUGUUUUGUUCGCUGGCUGCCAAUGUUGCUGCAUUUUAUCGGCCGGCACAUCGGAACAUUUUCUAUUAGCGCGGCGCAUAGGCAACAUUUAAUGUGCACAUUUUGGGGCAACCGUAGUAAUAAGGUUGUCGCCAAAAAUACCACCCCUGCCAUUCCAAGUACUUUCCAAACGCUCUGCUCCCGGAUGUUUUCAAGAUGAAAUCAAAUAAUUGCAAAGGCAAAAAGAAACUCAUUUAGGGCACAAGCAGCUUGAAGAACGAAAUCAAACCUUGGCCCGACGAGGACCAGGAUAACGAGGACGAAGCGGGAUGGGAGAGGGGGCAGCCAGACAACUGCAGUGGUUGGAAUUCAGAUAUAGAUAUGUUUAUAC